CUGAGAAAUAGUAACGACUCCCAAAUUCACACAAAAAUAGCAACAACACCCUAACAUUUCUGUAGUUUCACUCAUUCACUCCAUGACUCAACGUUCAUCUUCUGCAUCCUCUUCCCCAAUCAACAAAUUCGAUGUCUUUGAUGUCAAGGUAGAAUCGAAAACCGAAUUCGAUGUCUUCGAUUUCAAGGUAGAAUCGAAAACCGAGAAUCUUCCUGAGAUAAUGCUCAGAAAAUUCAGAACCCAUGUCAAAUCUCCUUCUCCUCCCAUUUCAAAAUACGAUUUUCUUCAAGCAUCUGUGUUUCGUUCAAAACCUCAAUCGAAGGUUGUUUGCAUUGAUCUAGAUGAUGAUGAUGAUGAUGAUGUUGAAGCUCAAUGCACACCGGUGAAAGUUUUGAGCAAACUGGUACAGGUUGACGAGGACGUGGACGAUACUUGUUUCAAUGUGCCGGAAGAACUAAACAAACAUAAUAAUGGGGCUCAAGCUUCUCAACCGGUCCAAAAGACACAAAGUCAUAUGCCUCAAAAGGUUGACAUUUAUUCCCAAGUAAAAGGACCUGAAAAGAGGGGAUGUGUGCAUUGUAUAGGAAAUAUUCCUAAACCUAAAAAACCAAAAGCUUCUUUGUCUGAAAAUCAAGAGUUGAGGGAUGAACUUAAGAAAAUGCGGGCAAGCCUCGAGAAAAUGUGAGAAAGUCAAGAGAAGACAAAUAUGUUUAUGGCAAAUAUGAUGUUCGUGAUACAAAAUCGAUUAUCUCAAGAAGAUUUGAAUGUUCUUUUACAAGCUGCAAAACAGGCUACAGAUGCUUCUAGCGCCUCAAACUAGACAAAUUCUUCAAGUUCAUGCAGCGAUGAAAACGGAAGAGAGGAAGAUUAAAAACUACUUUCAUCUUGGAUAUGUUUGUGUUCAUCUAUUGGGUGUUUUUUGUGUCGUAGUAUCUAUCUAUUUUGGUGUUUGUUAUUAUAUGUAAUUGACAUUACUUUUUAUUUUAAUAUGUUUCUAAGA